AUGGACGGAAUCACCCACCUCUCCAUAAUCUACGAUCCCGUAACGGAUACUGCACCUGAAAUCCGCAUCACCUCAGAUUCGUGGCACGAAUUGGUUCGAUUACAACAAAAAGUGAAACAGAAGACAAGCAACCUGCGUAACACAGCCGGAGGUGACGUUAUGUGCACACGCCAGUUCAAAUUUCACGUUAACCAAGUGAAGAAUAGGAAAGCAGUUUACAAAAGAAGAAAAACAGAAGUCGAGGAAAUGGUAACGGAGCGUGAUGUUCUGCUUAGAACGACCGACAUACUAGCUAAGAACUUUGAAGAUCUAAAAGAGAAAAUAGAGAGCUUUGGGGGAGAAGCACGUGAGUACGGUAUUAUGACGUCACUUACUCUUCUAAGGAUGGCAGAUCAGCCCUCAUCGGAUGUGGAGGAACUGAAAAAAAUUAUAGCUAGCUUCAAACUCACUUCUAAUCAACGCCCUAGUCACAUGGCUCCUCUCAAGAAGAAACGUCACGAUUUGCAACGAGUUUUUGAUAAUGAAGACGAAGUCUUCCAAAUGAAGCAAGCAAAGUUUAAAGAACGUUGUGAGCAGGCUGGAAUCGGUCACGGAGGACUGGAACUUCUGAUUGAAAAACUUGAAGAGCGAAGAGAACACGCAGGAAACGAUUCAAUCAAGAUACAGCAGCAAAUCAGUGAAAUGGAGGCGCAGACUUCUGUAAUCAGUUGCAGCAGCCUGUUAUCUCUCGAUGAUCAGUCUAAGGCGCAACUCACUGAAGAACAACUGGAAGCUGAAUUGUUAAUUCAGAGAAGCAGUGUUGAUCUCAACUAUCUGGAAAACGAAGUUAGAAGAAGACAGAUGCUGAGUUGGAGGAUCCUUGCUUCAAUGUUUGACUCAAAACUCGCAACUGCAAAGAAGGAAUCAAAUCUCGACUGCGAAGAACCAAUUGGUGACAAGAGUUAUUGCGUCUGA